GGGAAGAGGAGCAAAGGGAUGAUGGCGUCAAGUGGCAGCAACUGCAGCACAACGGGCCCUGCUUCGCUCCUCCUUACGAGCCGCUGCCCGAUGACGUCUGCUUCUAUUACAACGGAAAGCCCAUGAAACUCAGUUUGGCUGCGGAAGAAAUUGCCACGUUCUAUGCCAAGAUGCUGGAUCAUGACUACACGGGGAAGGAGAUCUUCCAGAACAACUUCUUCAAUGACUGGACGAAGGAGAUGACCUCGGAAGAGAGGAAGAAGAUCAGAGAGCUGGGGAAGUGCAAUUUUGAAGAGAUCCAUAAGUAUUUUGUGGAGAAGCAGGAGGCCCGGAAAGCCCUGCCCAAGGAGGAGAAACAGAAAUUGAAAGAGGAGGCGGAGAGGAUCCAGGAGAAAUACGGCUACUGCAUCAUCGAUGGGCACCGGGAGAAGAUCGGAAACUUCAAAACCGAACCCCCAGGUCUCUUCCGGGGGCGCGGGGACCACCCUAAGAUGGGGAUGCUCAAGAAAAGGGUCAUGCCAGAAGACAUAAUCAUCAAUUGCAGCAGAGACUCAGCGGUCCCGCGGCCGCCUCCAGGGCACAAGUGGAAGGAAGUCCGGUGUGACAAUACCGUCACCUGGCUGGCAUCAUGGACGGAGAACAUCCAGGGGUCCAUCAAAUACGUGAUGCUGAACCCCAGCUCCAAGCUGAAGGGGGAGAAGGACUGGCAGAAAUAUGAAGUGGCUCGCCGACUGAAAGGGGUGGUGAGUCAGAUCCGAUCUCAGUACCGUGCAGACUGGAAGUCCAAAGAGAUGAAGAAACGGCAGCGGUCUGUGGCGCUUUACUUCAUUGAUAAGCUGGCCCUGAGAGCGGGGAACGAGAAGGAGGAGGGGGAGACGGCGGACACGGUGGGCUGCUGCUCCCUGCGUGUCGAGCACAUCACGCUUCACCAUCGGCUGGAUGGGAAGGAGAAUGUCGUGGAGUUUGACUUCCUGGGCAAGGACUGCAUCCGCUACUACAACAAAGUGCCCGUGGAGAAGCAGGUGUUCAAGAACUUGCGUCUGUUCUUGGAGAACAAAGAUCCCGGGGAAGACCUGUUUGACAGGCUGUCUACGACAUCGUUGAAUAAGCAUCUCCAAGACCUGAUGGACGGCUUGACAGCGAAGGUCUUCAGAACGUACAAUGCAUCCAUCACGCUGCAAGAACAGCUGGAAGCGCUAACCAAUGAGGACGACAACGUGGCCGCGAAACUCCUCUCCUACAACCGAGCCAAUCGCGCCGUCGCCCUCCUGUGCAACCACCAGCGGGCGACCCCGAAGACCUUCGAGAAGUCCAUGCAGAACCUCCAGGCCAAGAUCGACGCCAAAAAGGAUCAGCUGGCCGAUGCCAAAGCAGAGCUGAAGAGGGCAAAGGCCGAUCACAAAGCCAGAAAGGAUGUGAAAUCUAAAGCUGCCGUGGAAAAAAAGAAGAAGCUGGUUGAGAAGGUUGAAGAGCAGCUGGCCAGGCUGAGGAUGCAGGCGACCGACAAGGAGGAGAACAAGCAGAUAGCCCUGGGCACCUCCAAGCUGAAUUACUUGGAUCCUCGCAUCAGCGUGGCCUGGUGUAAAAGAUUUGGCGUGCCCAUUGAGAAGAUUUACAACAAGACCCAGCGGGAGAAGUUCGCUUGGGCCAUUGCGAUGGCGAACGAAGAUUUUGAAUUCUAAGGCGCGACCUUUGGGUUGGCGACGACAACACUUCCCUCCUGCGUGCUUGGGUGGCGAGUCAGCAUUUUUAUGCCUCUUGAGUGCGAAAUACAUCUCUAACGGAAGAAUGUGUAUCAUGUUUUGUGUAGCUGAGAAGAAGUGCAGUUCAAGGCAUGUUGGGCACCAGGAUGGAGGAAUGUUCUUCCCUCAGUUUAUUAUUUUGGGGAAAUUAAGUGACUGUUUGGUCAGCUCUACACUACAGUGGCUUAAUUGUCAUGGUGUUUAUCUUUAAGGAGCUUAGAAAAUAAAGUUCUGAACGGGGGGGCCAGGUGCCAAAAGAACUACAAAUCCCAGAGUUCCAUAGGUAGAGGCCGUGACAGUUCCAAAACUAAUUCUGGUUUGGCCCGUAGAUGUAGCUGUUUGUGUUCCUCACACCUUUUCUGGCCUCUUGUCUUUACCGUCCCUGUUCUGAGACAGCAUAAGCUGUACAUGAGCCCCCGUUCUGCCAUUUUGUUGAAUGUUUCCCGAAAAUUGUGGCAUUCAGAGGGUGGGACGAGGCUGAGGUGAAUUUGUGGCCUUCGCCAGCCCCUUAAAGAACGCAUCAUUCCCCGUUCAUUUAUUUUGUAAACUGAGGAAAGCUAAGAAGUUCAGUAGCUUUCUCUCUAGGAGACGAUUUCCAGAGGGGAUGGUAUGGUUCCGACCAAUCGUAAGAUUAGGUUUUCUUGAUCUGGUCCCUAUUCUCUGCAUCAGAGAUCCCAUUUUACCCCAGCCCUAACUUCACAGAAAUUUCUAGAAAUUUGGAGCAGGGACAAAGAGCUUGGUGUAAUCAAACAAGAUUAGCCUGUCAGAGGUACACGUUGGAGCAAACAAUUUGAAUUAGAGGACCGAGAAUCGUACUGGGCAUUGUACAGAAGAGUGACCCCCCAACCCCCUCUGCUCUUUGUUACUUCUCAUAUUUUGGGGAAAAGGCAACCAAGUGCAGAAAAGAUGACACUGCUGUGAAAAGAGAGAAGGGAGUCCAUGCUAAGUGCCCCAAACCUGAACUUCUUUAGUGACAGUUAGCGGUUAUCACCUGAAUUCACAUCUAAAUAAAUGGCCUCCUAUUGUUUCUUCUCUUAAUCAGGUCUAGCACCUUCUUGGGCUGUCCCAAGGGGGUUGUGGCUCGUUGAAGCAAAUUAGGCAUAAGAUGGAGUUAUGCCUGCAGUUUUGUAGCAAAAAUAAUUGGUUUGUGGUGCAGACACCCUCGCUUGUUGGACGAUAUUUGUAGUUGAGUGUGGGAAGUAUGUGGUUCUGGACACAACGUUGGACAGUCUGAGAAGUCUGGUUUUGCUAGUAAUUCCAGAAAAAGGGGUAAAUGCAGAUUGAGUUUUUUCAUACCACAUUGAAACCGGUGGCUUUCGUAUGUCAACAAAGUUUACGUUGCAGUUCCUUAGCGUUUAGACCGCUCACCACCGGUUUGUUGGAAGUGCUCUUGGUGUUUGGUCGUUUUCUGUGUCCGCAUCCAGGUUCAAGGGGCUCAGUAAAAUUCCUGGGAUGGAUUUUUGCUUUUGAGGCUGAAAGGCUUGGGGGAAAAAACACUUCAUUAAAAUAUUAAUAUUUUUCUC